GGAGUAAACCCAAACGGUUUUAGAUUACAUAUUAGCUUUGUUCAUCACAGUUCUUCUCCUCUCUUAAAUACUAAACCUCUUUCUCUGUUCCAUUAGAACCAAAGAGACCAAUCUUUCUGAACUCAUCACAUCUUUCGUAAUACUUCAGAUCCAAACGCAAAAUUUAGACCAUCUUACAAUAUUGGUCUUUCUUUAUCUGAAGUGUUGGAGAAAGUAUAUAGCUUUGGUCGGAUCUUUUCAUAUGUUUGUGGAUCCUCUUUCUUCUCUUUUGUAUAAUUUUGACCUUGUCAAGCUCUUUCUGAAUCUCAAAAAGAUUAUAUGUAUAUGGAGAUAGAUAGCCAGAUAGUUUAUGUUGUUUUGAAGAUUCGAUGAUAGCCAAGUUGGGUUAAUUUUUCUUUUCUUUUUUUCCUUUGCCUCCUUACUCACAUACAAACCCUAUCUGUCCGUACAAAAUACUAAAAAACCCUAACUUCUCUCUCUCGCCAAUCUAGUGUUGUUAUCGUUUCAUUUCCACCUCCACAAGAAAAGACUGUUCAAGGAUCCGUUACACCGAUGAAAAGCAUGCAUGUGGCAGCGAACGCCGGAGAUCUGGCUGAGGAUUGUGGAAUACUCGCUGGAGAUGGUGAUGAAGCUAUUUUAAUGGAUGGAAUGGAUGAAGUUGGUGGAGAGAUCUGGCUAGAUGACCAUGGAGGAGAUCAUGGUCAUGGAGAUGAUGACUUGAUUGUUCAUCAUGACCCUUCACUCUUCUACGGAGAUCUCCCAACACUUCCUGAUUUCCCAUGCAUGUCAUCAUCAUCAUCGUCUUCAACAUCUCCAGCUCCUGUCAACGCGAUAGUCUCCUCAGCCUCUUCUUCUUCAGCAGCUUCUUCCUCUACUUCCUCAGCUGCUUCUUGGGCUAUCUUGAGAUCAGACGGAGAAGAUCCAGCUCCCAACCAAAACCAAUACGGAUCAGGAAAGUGUGAUGAAUCUUCUGGCGCAUUGCAAUCCACAGCUUCUAUGGAGAUUCCAUUAGACACUAGUCAAGGCUUCGGUUGCGGUGAAGGCGGUGGUGAUUGCAUUGAUAUGAUGGAGACUUUCGGGUACAUGGAUCUACUCGAUAGCAACGAGUUCUUUGAUACUUCAGCCAUCUUCAGCCAAGAUGAUGACACGCCAAACCCUAACUUGAUGGACCAAACCCUCGAGAGACAACAACAAGACCAGGUCGUUGUUCCAAUGAUGGAUAAUAACAGUGGAGGAGACAUGCAAAUGAUGAACUCCUCCUUAGAACAAGACGAUGAUCUCGCUACUGUGUUCUUGGAGUGGCUAAAGAACAAUAAAGAGACUGUGUCGGCUGAAGAUUUGAGGAAAGUGAAGAUAAAGAAAGCUACAAUAGAGUCAGCGGCGAGAAGGCUAGGUGGUGGUAAAGAAGCGAUGAAGCAGCUUUUGAAGCUGAUUCUUGAAUGGGUACAAACUAAUCACUUACAAAGAAGACGCACCACAACCAUCACCAACAACAACAACAACCUCUCUUAUCAACAAUCAUUCCAACAAGAUCCAUUUCAAAACCCUAACCCUAAUAACAACAACUUAAUCCCACCGUCAGAUCAAACCUGUUUCUCACCUUCAACAUGGGUUCCUCCACCACCACCACAACAAGCUUUUGUCUCCGAUCCAGGUUUCGGCUACAUGCCUGCUCCGAACUAUCCUCAACCACCACCGGAGUAUCUUCCUUUACUCGAGUCUCCACAGUCAUGGCCACCACCACCACAGUCAGGUCCUAUGCCACAUCAACAAUUCCCCAUGCCACCAAACUCGCAGUAUAAUCAGUUUGGAGAGCCAACAGGUUUCACCGGAUACAACAUGAAUCCGUAUCAAUACCCUUAUAUUCCUCCAGGACAAAUGAGAGAUCAAAGAUUGCUCCGUUUGUGUUCCUCAGCAACUAAAGAGGCAAGAAAGAAACGGAUGGCCAGACAGAGAAGGUUCUUGUCUCAUCACCAUAGACACAACAACAACAACAGUACUAAUCAGCAGAACCAGAACCAAGUCGGAGAAACCUGUACCGCCGCGGUGGCUCCUCAACUCAACCCCGUGACCACAACCACCACGGGAGGGACAUGGAUGUAUUGGCCAAAUGUCCCGUCUGUGCCGCCACCUCAGUUACCACCACCGAUGGAGACUCAGUUACAAACCAUGGACCGAGCUAGCUCUGCUGCUUCUGCUAUGCCACGUCAGCAGGUGGUUCCAGAUCGUCGGCAGGGAUGGAAACCAGAAAAGAAUUUGCGGUUUCUCUUGCAGAAAGUCUUGAAGCAAAGCGACGUGGGUAACCUUGGAAGGAUCGUCUUGCCAAAAAAAGAAGCUGAGACGCACUUGCCGGAGCUAGAGGCAAGAGAUGGUAUCUCUUUAGCCAUGGAAGACAUUGGCACCUCUCGUGUGUGGAACAUGCGCUACAGAUUUUGGCCGAACAACAAAAGCAGGAUGUAUCUCCUCGAGAACACCGGUGAUUUUGUGAAAACCAAUGGGCUCCAAGAAGGUGAUUUCAUAGUCAUAUACUCCGACGUCAAAUGUGGCAAAUAUUUGAUACGAGGGGUUAAAGUAAGACAACCGACGGGACAGAAGCAGGAGGCUCCACCGUCGUCAGCAGCUGCGGCGAAGAGGCAAAACAAGUCGCAGAGGAACAUAAACAACAACUCUCCGUCGGCUAAUGUGGUGGUCGCGUCACCAACUUCUCAAACUGUUAAAUGAAGAAAAAAAGAGAGAACAUAUAUGAAACAAUAUAAAUAUUAUUAUGUACCAAAUAAUAAGGAGGCAAAAAGGAAAAAAUGGCAGCGUACCAGAGUGUGCCACUUCUCGUGCAUGCAUGGGAUCUUCAAGCAAAUGGAUGGUUAUGAUUAAAGCUGUGUUGUCGGGGUCCGGGUUUUUACUCCAUUUUUUGCUUUUUUUUUCUUUGUCGAGUCCUUUUUUUAACUCUUCUCUUCUCGUCAGGAUAUUGUAAAGAUGAUUAAUUCUGGAAAUGGUGUUUGUGUUAUAUUUCUGGAGAGAUGAUUAUAUAUAAGUUCUUUUGUUUGUUGUAACCUUUUUGUAAGUAUGUGGCUGAGUGGCUCAGUUCUUGAGUUGAGCUUAA